GACAUCACCACCUCAUUGUAGCAUCAAGUCUAAUACGAGGAUCGAAAAGGAGAAGAAGAAGAUGAUGAUGAUAACGAUGAGCUCUGAGGGGGAUUGAAAGCCCCUUUCUGAACACAGAUAGCUUUGUUAAUUAGCAGAUUCAGUGAGAAAAACAACUAAAGUUCAGAAAAAACGGAUUUAUAUCUAGAGGAAGAAAAUUUAUGGAUGCUGUGGUGGAGAGUUCAAGAUGGUGAAAGAUGCGUUUCCAACCAAGAGGGUGGAUGUUCAGGAGAACGAUCAUCACACCAUUCUUCCAAGUAUCUUUAUUGAAGACAAGGUCCUGGGCUAAAUGGACCAUUGGUUUAACGGGGGUGGAAUAUCACAAUUUGGAAACUGACACAGGGACGUCGAAUCAGCCUUACCUAUCCUAAAAGCCUUACUGGAGUACCAGUUGAAUGCCAAGUGGCUCAAGGGGAUCUCUCACUAAAAAACAGCUUCACCUUUCGAUAUGGAAGCCACGGCCAAGUUUGAUUUCAACGCCUCUGGGGAGGAUGAGCUGAGCUUUCGAGCUGGGGAUAUUCUGAAGAUUCUAAGCUCUCAAGAAGAGUGGUUCAAAGCUGAGCUGAAGAGUCACGAAGGUUAUGUCCCCAAGAACUUCAUAGACAUCCACAUCCCUGGCUGGUUCCACGAGGGAAUCUCCCGUCAUGAAGCAGAAAGCUUACUCAUGGGAAAGGAAGUUGGCUCCUUCAUCAUCCGAGCCAGUCAGAGCUCCCCUGGUGACUUCUCCAUCUCCGUGAGGCAUGAGGAUGACGUUCAGCACUUCAAGGUCAUGAGGGAUGCCAAGGGUCACUAUUUCCUGUGGACAGAAAAGUUCCAGUCCCUAAAUCGAUUGGUGGAGUUCUACAAGACCUCUUCCAUCUCCAGGCAGAAACAGAUCUUUCUGAGGGAUGGAACCCGAGAAGAUCAGGAGCGGAGGGGCGGAAGCCUGGACCGAAGAGCCCAGGAGGGCCUGGGUCUCGGCGGAGCUUGUGGAGAAGAAAUCCGGGUGCCUAUGAACAGGAAGAUGUCAGAUCUCCAUCCACCCCCUCCAACCGCGUCUCAGCAUCAGCAGGCCCACCAAUAUCAACGAGCCCAGCAGGCCCAGCAACCUCAGCAGCGUUAUCAGCCAUACCACCCUUUCCAGCAGGAUCGGCGCGGAGGCAGCCUGGAUAUGAACGAUGGGCAGCGAGGCCCGACGGCGGGUGGUGAAGGCAACGCGGCCCUCAUGCAUCGCAGACACACAGACCCGGUAACCCAGCAGGUGACUGGGAUUCCAUUUUCGGUUCCGGCGUCCCGCCCCAAAUCUCAGCCGGGCCCUUCUGUCUCUUCUCCCCGACAGCGAGUGCGAUGGGUCUGCGCCCUGUACGACUUCGAGGCGGUGGAGGACGACGAGCUGGGGUUCCGCAGCGGAGACGUGGUGGAGGUCCUGGACAGCUCCGACCCCUCGUGGUGGACGGGGCUCCUCCACAGCCGGCUGGGCCUCUUCCCUGCCAACUACGUCGUCCCCAUGAUGCGAUGAGCCGCCCCGGGCUGUGGGAAGGAGUGGGGGGGCGGGGGAGGUGGGAGCGGAGCCCGGCACCGAACUGCUCUCUCACGACCGGGAAGGGGCCUCCAGCCCAGCUGAUACCUAUGUAUAUAAGCCUAUAUGUACACUGUCUUAUUACCAUAAUUUAUUGGCGAUUUUGUUGAAUGAUCGGUAUGAAAGGGGCUGCAAUAGAGAUAUUUGUCCUCCUGUUCCUUCCUCCUAACAAGGGUGCUAAGGGAGUGAAUGGAACUCCGUGAUUGUCCUUGUCCAUUAAAUCUCUCCACAUA